UCUACGAACUCCAUUAACCCCAAGAUUUCAACAGCAGAGGAGAAGAAAAUACAGAGACGAAAAUGCUUUACUCAGCUACAUCGCCAUUGAUUCUACCACUGCUCUUCUUUCUAUUUCUGUUCGACUCCACACGUUUUUCGUUAGCUGACAAUUCAGAAUUAAGAACAGUAAAAGGGAGAACGCUGAUGGGUUUUAAGGAGACACCGGGUGGAGGAAAUGUCACCUUUGAUUGCUCUCCUUCGGGCCCUUGCAUACCCUGCUCUCGCUCUGAAAAGAGUGACGAAAAAUACCGCUGUGGUGAAACUGGAUAUCGCAUUCGUUUGAAAUGUUUUCCCUCUGGAUCUGGUUCAAAAGAUUCAGAAAGCAUAAAAGAACAGAAGCCACGAGCUACCCUCGAGGUCACGGAUUUGGGUGUUAACCAGCACGACACAGACGUAAUCAUUUCUGCGAUGAGGCAAAGAACAUUACUAGAUCAUUCAUCCAAAUCAAAAGGUCGAUCAAAUGCUUAUGUCACUUACAGAAGUUGCAUACCGGCAGUAAAUGAAGAAAAAAUAUCUGUACUAGGUUUUGAGGCACUUAUGUUAGCUUUGCUGUUAAGCAGCGGCUCGUUUAUAUACUUCAGACGGAAGCGUGGCAGUGCUAUAGCAGGUGGUGCACCAGUCAGGCUCCCAACUAAUUCUAGAUUUUAAGGUUACAUACUGUUACAACUUAGAGAAACAGCUCUCUUCCUUUUCCUUCUAUAAUCAAGAAUGUUGUAACUCGCGGUUAAUAUUCGGAAUCAAUCUUUUCGUCGGAUUGUUGUUCUGCCUUGUAAUCUUAUCUUUCUGUAAGUAUAUAAUUUAUAUCUUCACUUUCCAUUGAGACCGUCACUUACAGAAUAAUAAAGGGCUCACUAACACUGAUUAUUUUCA